AUGUCUUCAAUUUCGCCCAGUGAUUAUCAAGAGUCUAUUUCAUCGUCACCACCGCGAUUGAUUAGACCUCGAAUGAGACUUUACAUUCCGAAAUCACCGAUUAUUGUUUGGACUGUGAUCAAUUUCACCAAAUCAUCUUCAUCUCCGCCAACACCACCAACCUCAUCAGAGAGCAGUCAUGAACCUGAAUCUUCAAAUAAUUCUGAAGAUGAGUCUGAAACAUCAGUUUCACCUUUGUCAUCAAAAUCAUCAUCACGAUCAUCCUUAUAUUCAUCAUCUCUUGCGUCUUCGCCCACAAUUACACCUACUCAAUCGCCCAGUCCCUCGGUCUAUUCAUCACCAGCCUCAUCACCAGAAUCAACUAACGGUAAAAGGAAAUACACCUUGAAGAGCUUCAAACGAUAA